CACGUCAGCAGUGCUACGUAAGCAACAGUGCCACGUCAAUGUGCCAUGUCAGCAAUGCCCCGCCACCAUGACGGGCGCAGCUCUGGGCAUGCCAGACCAACUGGCCAACGAGUCUCUUGCCGACUACAAACAGCGGUUCCAGACUCAGCUCGCAUUAAUCGAGGCUGAGGAACAGCGCCAGCUGGCAGCCGAGGCUGCCCGCCUACAAGUUGAAGCAGCGGCAACAGCUAAGAAGCAGCGACUACAGGCCGAAGCAGACGUAGAUACCCAGGCACGCCGUAAGGAGGCCCAAGAUCUGCUGCAGCGGCAUGAAGCCGCCAAUAUCGAAAGACUCAAGUUCUGGCACUUUCAACCGUCCAACGGCGACGACGCGACACCGGAGGAGCAGCACAAGGAGUUCAUGGCCAAAUUCAUGACCAGGCUGGUUUACACUUGUGACCACCUGCAGUCCGAGUUGGCGAACCUCCAGCGGGCCCUGCGGAACCAUAAGGCUCAACACGAGGAUGCCACACCGGCACUUGACGCCCGUGUACAGGACUUGGAAAAGGUUCCACCAAGACCGGAGGCUGGUGAAUCCAGCAGUGCACCAUCUGCCCGCCAACUGGAGGAACGCGUUGACCAUGUAGUGGCAAUGCUAGGAGACAUCAGUGCCUUCGCAGCGCCGGCCACCAUAAGCCAGCCGUUCGAUGUGCUGGACACCAAGAUCAGUCAGCAAUAGCAGACUGACCACAGCAACAACAACAGCUCGGCGAGGCCCUACAAGAUGCCGACGUUCCGGAUCGAGAAAUU